UAAAUUCGAGUUUAUUUUUAUUUUUAAAAAAAGCAAGCCAAGCUACACUACUAUCUGAGACUUGAAUUUUGCAGUUUCGUUUCGCCAACAAUGGCGUUGUCAACUAAAACCCUAAGUUCCCCUACUCAGUUUCCUUACUUCACUUCACUAGCCACUGCCAUAACCUCCUGUCUCCAAUCUCUAAACCCACGAACUCCUGACUCUUCACGUAUCAAUCCAGCUCCUUUGAACCAAUUCUCACAAUUCUUAAACUCCCAAUUAGUCAUUGAAGUCAUCAACAAACAAAUCAAUCCUUACCAUGCCCUCUUCUUCUUCAACUGGGCAUCAAAUCCUCAUCCUAAUCCUAAUUACUAUACCCAUUGUCAACAGUGUUAUGUCGCCAUUACUGAUUUUCUCCUUUCUCACUCUCUCUUUUCUGUUGCCUCGUCUCUCCUUGAAAAAUCCAACAAACUCUCUGAUUUCAUGGCUAGUAAAUUUAUCACAGCUUAUGGUAAUCGUGGGCAUAUUAAAGGUUCAAUCUUUUGGUUGCACAAAGCGAAAACGAUUGCAGAUGGUAAUUGCUUGUUUUCUUAUAAUGCUAUUCUGAAUGUCUUGGUGAAAGGCAAUCGGAUUAGUUUAGCCCAGUCAUUUUUCGACGAGAUGGUGAAUGAUGCUGCGGUGAAGCAGGAUGUUUCUACUUAUUCGAUAAUGAUUAAAGGGUAUUGUAAAAUUGGCAUGAUUGAGAAUGCUAGGAAAGUGUUUGAUGAAAUGUCCUGUGAGCCAAAUGUGGGUAGUUAUAAUAUUAUGAUUAAUGGGUAUUGUAAGAAAGGCGAUAUGGAAAAAGCGAUUGGUAUAUUUUAUCGACUCAUGGGGAGUCGAUAUUAUUUGCCUGAUACAGUUACCUUUACCACUUUGAUUGAUGGGUACUGUAAAAAAGGUGAGAUUGAUAAGGCAAUGAAGUGGAUGGAUGAGAUGAAGCUUCGUUGUUGCAAGCCAAAUCUGAUCACUUAUAAUGCGAUGAUUUAUGGCUUGUGUAUGAGAGGAAAUGUUGACAAGGCCAAGAAAUUGAUGACAGAGAUGAGAUUAAAUGGAUUGAAAGAAAAUCUUGCAAGUCAUAUGAGUAUAUUAAGGGGCCUUAGCCAAACUGGAAAGUCAGGUGAAGCUGUUAACUAUUUUAAGGAGAUGAUUGGAAAGGGAAUGAAACCUGGUGCAAAAGCAUAUGGAAUUGUUGUUACCGAGUAUUGCAAGAUGAGGAUACCAAGUAAGGCAAUUUCUCUUUUGAAGGAAAUGCAGGCUGAAGGCAUCAAUCCAUAUGUUGCAAGUUUCAAUGUGGUGUUCAGGACCCUUGUGGAGUUUGGGGAGCUCGAUAUGGCGAUUCUUCUUCUGAAGCAGAUGCCAGGAAUGGGUGGCAAACCAAAUUAUGUCUCAUACAGCAUUGUGAUUUGUGGCCUUUGCAGGGCCAGAGGUAGAAUGCAAGAUGUGGAAAAGCUUCUUAAGGACAUGCUUCGCAAUGGUAUUGGCAUUGAUGGAACAAUGUACAGUUCCUUAGUGAUGGGAUAUUGUGAGGAUGGAAAUGAGCAAAUGGCAAAACAGGCUUUUUAUGAAAUGAUUGAUAAGAAUUAUGUCAUUAGGCUAGACAGCUUUACAAUUUUUGUGAAGCAGUUUUGCGAAAAAGGUAAAGCUGUUGAGGCUGAGAAAAUAUUCAAGGAGAUGUGUGAGAGAUGUUCUGUAGUUGAUGCAGAGAGCUACUCGAGGAUCCUAGAUGAUCAGUUAGUGAAACAUAUGGCAAAAGGUGGAGAGUAAGUUCUUUUUGUUUCUUCGGUUGAUACUGUUGGGCUUGGUAGGAGUCGAGGCCGCCCUGCCUGAUUCAAUCUAGAUGCCAUUGUCACCAGAUCUAAACUAAAGAACACUAGCCGUCUUUGGAAUGGAAAAUUUUAAUUUUUUUUAAUUAAAAAAAUGAGCUAUAAACUUUGAAAUGA